GUCUGCGUACGGAGUACAAGUUUAAUCAUUAUCGUCCCAGACCGUCCGAACAUGGUCAAUUCUUUGUCCUCUUAACAAUGUCUAGCUUGCGAAUCCUUUCGCGAAAUUACCCUGAACGUACUCUAGCUCUGGCCACUAGCGACUACGUCCUAAUUUUCAAGCAUAGCUCUACAUUUUCCAAACCUAGCACCCAACGGCGAACUGAUGCACCACGUUGUUUAGUUGAAUUUGCUAGUCAGUCAGACGUAGAUUUGAGCAGCUAUCGAAGACUUGGCGAUGGAUACGGCACUCUUGGAUUGAUCACUCUUGGAGACGAGGUGUUUCUUUCCGUUGUCACUGCCCGCUCCAAAGCCGCAACGAUCAGGCCGGGGGAGAAUAUUUCACGAAUCGACAACGUGGACUUCUUCUGUCUGAAUCACUCGGAUUAUGAGGAUGGCUUUGACAACGAGUUGGGAUCGUCCCCUGCAACCGACGACCUAUCGCAGAUCGCUGGCCUGGAUGCCAAAGAGCUGGUUGCGGAACAUCCCUUUUUAGCUCUGAAAAAGCUUCUAAGUGACGGUAGCUUCUACUAUAGCCUUGAUUUCAACUUGACAGACAGGCUACAGGACCGGUGAGAUGAUGGCGACGCGAAAUGCGCAAGGGUUCAAACCUAGCUGACAUAGUGUCAGCUCGGACAAGUCGGCAACUUUCGACAUUGAGUCUCUCGAUGAAGACAUGCUUUGGAAUUCCUACAUGAUCCAUCCACUCCUUCUAUUUAGGAGUCAUCUAUCGCCUUCCGAAAAACAGCAGCUAGAUUCAUGUCAGAUCCUGACAUGUGUGAUAAGGGGUUUCUCCAGUACCCUAACCAUUCCGGCGUCCGUCCCUAUCUUGCCUCAUUUGAAAACUCGUUACCCUUCUACGCUAAGCAUAAUAUCACGACAGUCCUCUCGACGUGCUGGAACAAGGUUCAAUUCCCGCGGCAUCGAUGAUGAUGGCAAUGUCGCCAAUUAUGUUGAGACCGAAACAGUGCUCUGGAUGCCGCCUGGUAUCACCUUUUCUUAUGUCCAGGUUCGUGGAUCAGUGCCUAUAUUCUGGGAGCAGGCAACAGGGUUCCUUCCUGGCCAACAGAAAAUCGACGUGACCCGAUCUAGCGAGGCAACGCAGCAUGCAUUCGACAAGCAUUUCGAGGGGCUUGAAUUAGAGUAUGGCGCAAUACACGUGGUUAACCUCCUCAGUGAACUGAAGCCCGCGGAAUCCGAGCUUUCGGCAAAGUACCGAGAGCAUAUCAGGAAAAGCCCCCUCAACCAAAGGAAAGGGCUCUCAGACCAUGCACUCCUACGUGCUACGGAGUUUGAUUUCCAUGCAGAAACGCGCGGCCCGUUGGGAUAUGGAGCUAGCACCCUCGUCAAGCAUGAAAUAUCACAUUCUAUGGAUGGCUUUGCAUUCUUCUUAUCCGAGAAUGGCUCUGCAAUAAGAUUCUCAAAUGAAGGCCAGGCAUUACCCAUGGGCUCUUCUACUGUUCUUCAACAGGAGGGUGUCUUUCGGACUAACUGCUUGGAUUGUCUUGACAGGACUAACCAUGUACAAAACAUCAUCAGUUCAAUGGCCCUUGAAUCAUUCUUCCUCCAACAGGGAGCCACCUUGGGCCCUGAUGUACAGCUUAGACAUUCGACUCUCUGGGCUGAUAACGGAGAUGCACUGUCUAAGAUAUAUGCCGGUACAGGGGCUCUGAAAAGUUCAUUCACACGUCAUGGAAAGAUGUCAAUAGCUGGCGCGCUUGCAGAUGCUCGCAAAACCGCCACUCGACUUUAUGUCAAUAACUUUUCAGACAAAGCGCGGCAAAAGACGAUCGAUCUUUUGUUGGGGCGUCUUACGGACCAACGAACCGUACAUCUUUAUGACCCGGUUAACGACUUGGUUUCGACGGAAUUAAACCGGCGGGCGUCAGAAUACUCUUUUACCAAAUCGAUCAAAAUUUGGACUGGAACGUUCAAUGUGAACGGGCAGCACCUGGGAGCAGAUGUCGAUCUGACGGCAUGGCUGUUGCCAGAGCUUGGAACUAACGACCCCAUGAUAUUCGCUGUCGGAUUCCAGGAAAUAGUUACGUUGAGUCCCCAACAAAUAAUGUCUACUGACCCUUCCACUCGUAAGACCUGGGAGGCCGCGGUUGGGAAAUGCCUGAAUAGCUCUGCGAGGUCCAGAGGAACCGCGAAGUAUGUCCUCUUACGAAGUGGCCAACUUGUUGGUGCUGCCCUGGUAGUAUUUGUGAGAGAAGAUGUUUUGAAGGAGAUAAAAAAUGUUGAAGGGAGUGUGAAAAAGGUGAGUGAUAACUUCGAGUCUACCGCGGCUUGUCUCACUUCCGUCACCAGACAGGUCUUUCCGGUAUAGCCGGCAAUAAGGGAGGUUGUGCCAUUCGCUUGGAGUAUUCCAACACUCGAAUCUGCUUUGUUACCGCGCAUCUCGCUGCGGGGUUUGCCAAUUACGAUGAAAGAAAUAGGGACUAUGAAACCAUAUGUCACGGGCUGAGAUUCCAGAGAAAUAGGUCGAUCGAUGACCACGAUACCAUCAUAUGGCUGGGGGAUUUCAAUUAUCGAAUCGGCCUCGAUAACCACAAUGUUAGGGAGCUCGUGCGGCAGCGAGAUUACCAAAAGCUUUAUGACAAUGACCAGUUGAACCUACAAAUGGUCAGCGGGCGGGCUUUCCAGUUCUACACGGAAGGGCCCAUCUCCUUUCCUCCUACUUACAAAUAUGAUAUCGGGAGAGAUGACUAUGACACGUCGGAGAAAGCGCGCAUACCAGCUUGGUGUGACAGGGUGCUGUGGAGAGGAGCAAACCUCCAUCAGGUAAACUACAAUGUUGCAGCUCUACGAUUUUCAGACCAUCGCCCAGUCUGGGCCACCUUUCUUUGCGAAAUAAGCACCAUCGAUGAAAAUGCAAAGAGCAAGCUCAGACACACUCUUUAUCAUCAGAAACGGAGCAACCACGGUGAUAUAGUCGGGGAAAGUUUAAGGCUAGAUGAUGAGGAACUUACUACCUUUGAUUCUGCUACGCCAGGGCUUCCGCCGGCCAGCUCAGACCAUCAGAAGUGGUGGUUAAGUCACGGUAAGUCUUUUGCUUCGGGCCGAUUGAGUUAUCAUGUCCGAAAUUUACCUCCUGCUUGUUGUUUGUUUUCAUACCUCGACUUCUAACUAACUUGGUGAUAAAAGGUGCUCCCGUGAAGUCGAACGUGAAGCCCCCUGAUGAUGGAUACAUCCUCAAUAGCUAUCGUACUUCCAAUCCUUUCUCGCCAGAUAGCAACCCAGACUGGGUCGUUGGGCUUCAGCAAGAUGGAUCUGCAUCCAGACCUCUACCACCUCCAAGGACGAAUGUCUCAAAACCCCAAAACCAGCCAAGGUCGAACAGCGGCACGAGUGGAAGUAACUUAGAGAGACUGGAACGUGAAGACAUGGCUGCUACGCACAGGAGCCUAUCACGCAAUACGAAGGCCACCCCCCCUAUUCCACGAAAGCCUGUCUUGCUUGCCACGGCCCUUGGACAACAGCAUGGGGGCAGUUUGAAAUCCAGUGGUCUUAAUUCGGGAGAAGAUGCAGUGCAUGGAUCUGGCAGCAUUUUGGACGAUACACCCGAUGCAACAAUCGACUGGAAACCUCUUCUGCCUCAGUGACCUUGAUUCCGUUCGGACAAUACUCGACCGUGACCACACAUUAUCACUAGUCUACAAAUCCUUGGUUUACGGGGCAUGCUUAUGCGAAUGUAAUCUUGAGAACCCCGUAUUUAACUGAACGUAUA